AUGCCGCUUCAUUUUCGCUGGUCAGCCACUCGUGGUCCACAAGGAGCUGCUAGGUUUCGUGGCGUCGUGCGUACCGUUGACGGGAGCUGGCGUCUGGGAUAUGCAGGACAUCUUGGUAUAGCAGAUAACUUGUGUGCAGAAUUGUUUGCUAUCCUCCAUGGCUUAACACUUUGUUGGGACCAUGGAUUUAGGGAAAUUGAUUUAUUUUCUGACUCCUUGUUAGCAUUGGGACUGAUCACAAAGGUUCUUCCUCCUUUUCAUAGGUAUGGAUCGGUAAUUGGUCGGGUUAAAGCUUUGCUUCAGCGACCGUGGCAAGUGCGAUGUCAACAUAUUCUUCGGGAAGGGAAUGCUGUGGCGGAUUACCUAGCUAAGCACGGAGCUUCGUCUGAGUCUGCGCUGCUAGUGUGGGAUACUCCUGUCCAGGGUGCUGUGUCGUUGUUGAGGGCAGACCGAAUGGGCACUUUGUUCAUGAGAGUCUAG